GACUCAAUAUAAACUCAAUAUACUGAUAUAUGAGUUGACAUAAGAUCGAUACUAUCAGCAUAGAGAGAUUCCUCUGAGCAGACGAUAUUGCGAGCAGACGGUACCAGGAUUGCAAGCAAUAUGGACGAUGCAACAAAGGCAAAGUUAGAAAGCCUCGCAGAAUAUACGAAGGACGAAUGGAUACGGCUGAAUCAUGACAAAAAAGGCACCAUUUCAGUGGAAGAUUUGGAGGCGAUGUUUAGAAAGAUAAAAUCAUGCGCGAAGCCACGAGAGAACGCUGAAGAGAUGAUGAGGAAUAUUGACGCAGACAAAAACAAUGAAAUUGACGUGGGCGAAUUCGCCAGAAGCAUGUACAACGACUUGGCUGAAGACGAAGGCAUAGAGGCCAAGAGCUCAGAGAUCAAGGAGGAAUAUAUCAAAUACGUGAUUGGCAGAUGUACAGAAAUGAUCCCUGCUGACCAGCGCUAACAGAAAUGUGCUCAGAGUGUUCCACCGACGCAAUUGGUGUAUCGUUCAUAGACUGUAGAUACACGACUGUAAAUACACGACUGUAAAUAACUUUCAUUCUCAAUCUGUCAUUUCUGGAUUAUAAUCGAGUGUCAUAGACAAUGCCUUAGUAUAGUCCAAACUAUCAGUUCUCCAGUUACAUGUAUUCUAUUUUUAUUAAUAUGACCCUCGAAAGUUGACGUUAUAUACUCCUCUUACUGCAUACGCAGAAGCGGACUCGACACCUCCGCGGAGGAGAAAGUAGUCCGGGUUCCAACAAAGUAGGUCCGACGUGGAAUUGCGCAAUAAUCAGCAGUUGUUGUUUGUUGAUGUCGGCCAAAGGGACAGUAGAGCCCAUCUGUUGACCCUCAUUCCUGUUGCAUGCUUUUUAUGUGAAAGACCAGCAAAAUGAGAAAAGAGACAUUUCUGUUAAGUGCCGGAAACUAUCUAUGGGUAUCCACGAAAAUAAUACAGUCAAUAAGUCAGGUCAA